GUCGAACUGUUCCCGACGCCUGGCGGCACGGAGUCCAAGCAACAAGAUCUCACCAGUGAUGUUUCUGCUUUUGGUCGUGGUGCAGGUUCGAGUAUUCACGAGGGGGAGGAUGUUGUCACGCGUUCCGCAGGGCCUUGGUUCUUGGCGCCCCCUCUGGGAUCCUGGCUGUCUCGGAGACCAUUUCUUCCUUUGGGGAACUUGCACGCCUUUGUGGAAGAAUCUUUGGAUUAAUUUUGCGCUGCUGCCGAAAAGAGGGUCUUCGCUCUGAUUGCCCAGCUGGUCCGUCGUAGCCCAUAGUGUGAGAGUAGUAUCAAGUUUAUUGCUGCUUCCCUCACAAAGAUGGGGACAUAUGGUAUUGAUAGAACUGCAGCGAAAGCCAGGCGCAUUACGCACGAAGAAGAGGAGAUGCGAGCCUAUCGCUUCCUAGCGUGAGUGGGCCAGCAUAGCGACAGACAAUCCCGCUGUUAGAAAGAAGGUGGCCCAGAUUCUGAGAGAUAUCGAACGUCACAAGGUAGAUGUGGGAGAUUAUUUGACCCGCCGUCGCAAGCAGCACAUUCGUGAUUCAUUGCUCUGUGAAGUGGUGCCUCAGAUAGUGCAGACAAUCGCCGCGGGAGACGUGGAGGGUACCUCCUACUUGACAUCAAACCUUGCCUCAUGAUACGUUUGUCGUCUCAGUUUCAGGCAUGUUCGAAAAUAUUGAAAUACACUUGCUGGAAUUUGCGUCGCCUUGCGUUCCGUCAUGUUUCUUCCAAUCGAUCGCAAGAAGAGGCUUCUCUGAGCUGAUGCGCGUGCCUGUCAUACUCGUCUUUGCCGCCGCUGGGACCGAGCUCUGCAUGUUCGUCACACCACUUGUGGUCCCCUCUCACAAGUGAGGACAGGCAGUUGUGCAUCUAUGGCUUUCAGGUGGUGUUCUCAGGCUUGCAAUUCGGGCUAUCACGCCGAUCGAAAUCAUCUGCCCUCCCUUGUUUCCCCAUCCCCGCCCUCCGACUUCCCUGUGCGGUGGAAGGGAGUGGGGGCGGAGGGAAGGGGGAGGGGGCUCCCCCCCACCUCCUCCGACCUCCGCCGCGACCGAUGGCACCCACGCCCCGCCGGGGCUGCGCCGCGGCGCCGACGGCGCCGGCGGGCCGGAGCGCCGAGGGGCCGCCAGGCGUCGGUCGCGCCUGGCGGCCGCGGCCUCGCUGGCAGCGGCUGGCGUCGCGCCUGGCGGCCAGCGCGGUCGCUGCCGCGGCGCUGCGCGCCGCGGCCUGGGCCUGGACCCCGCCGGCGCUGGCGCGCAGGGCCGUGGCGCUGGGCCUGGGGGUCGGGGCUGCGCUGCCCCAGUGGCGGCACGGCGGCGCCCGCGCCGAGAACCCCCGGCCCUACGGGUACAACCCGGACGCAUGGAAGAGCAGGGGGCGGGCGGUGCCGCCCGAGGCUUGGCGGGCGAUCGAGAGGCUCGGAGCCAACGAGAGCAGCUUCACGGGAACACCGAGCGGCCUCUACUUCCUUGACACUAAGGAGGGUUCGGGCAGCCGCUGCUGCGACGAGGGUGUCGAAGUCGCGGUGGGGUGGAGCAUCCGCCGCGCCAGCGGCAGGCUCAUCGACGCCUCCCGGGGCUUCACGAGUGCGCUGACCGCCGGCGAGGAGCUGCGUUUCACGCCCAAGCGGCUGAUCCUGGGCAUCCGCGGCGUUGGCAUGCGCGACGACGUGGUGGAGGCGUUCCGUGAGGGCGUGGUGGGCAUGCGCGAGGGCGGCGGUCGCAGGCUGGUCGUGCCGCCGGCACUGGGCUGGUACUACCCGGAACAGAGGCCGUUUCCCGCGGAGGAGGCGAGGCAGCAGGACCUAAACGUCCACCGCCGCGAGCCGCUUCUGGUGGACAUCGUCCUGCGGACCGUGGCGUCGGCGCCAGCCCCGCCACCGUGACGGCGCUCCUCGCACUCGGAUCGUUUUUGGUUGUGGCUGGGGCCCAAGGUCUCAAAGUCUUAGCCUCGGCGCGGGGAAACAAAGAAAAGGGUCCAAUGUAGUAUGCAAACAGCGAGGGGAAGUGAGAGACGGAAAGACAUUGUGCGAGAGAUGGGAG